AUGCUAGACCUGCUUGCAGGUGGGAGAAGCAAUAUUCCAAACUUUAACUGUGGAAAACAGAAUAAGCUGCUGGCUGUUCUUGAAGGAGCUGAUUCUGUGAUUGCAAAAGAGAUUUCGACCAUGUCCGACAUCUACAAAAUCCCACAAAUCAGUUAUGGCUUUACUGCUCAGGGUCUUGAUGAUAACAUCCAGUUCCCUUUUGUCUACCGGACAGUCCCCAAAGAAGAAACUCAGUACCCAGGGAUUGUCAAACUGCUCCUACAUUUUAGAUGGACAUGGAUUGGUCUUACUGCUCCAGACAAUGACAAUGGAGAAAGGUUUGUGAAUGCCUUGACACCUCUACUGAUCAACAAUGGAAUUUGCAUUGCCUUAUCAAAAAGACUACCAGAAAAGAAUCUGUACCAAAGGCUCAACUCUAUUAAACCAAAUGUCAUAUGGAGACAAGUCAAUGUAUUUAUUUACUAUGAGCAUAUUCAGGGGGGAUGGGGUCCAAUCAUCAUGCUACAAACAGCACUUGAGGAAAACAUUGGGGCAAAAGUCUGGAUCUCAACAGUUUUUCAGGACAUCAACUUGAACCUGUGGUUUGAUCCUAAUCUCUUCCAGUACAUUCAUGGUUCUCUGGCCUUUGUAAUGAAGUCCCAAAUAAGAACAAAACAUGACUACUAUAGUCCAUUCUCACCUGAUCUUGACCAGUUCUGGAAGAAAGCAUUUCAUUGUUUAUAUUCAAAGCACUUGUUAUCCAUGAGAGGUUGGACAAGAUGCACAGAGAAGGAGAAUCUGGAGAAGCUGCCCCAAGAGGAGCUGGAGAGAGCCCUGUCUCAAGAUAGCUACAGCACUUACUUCAGUGUCCAGGCUGUGGCUCAGGCCUUAAGCACUGCAUAUUCAACCAGAACAAAGCAGAUGUGGAUGGUGGGUAGACAAGGUGGGCUGGAACGUCAAAGGCUGCAGCCAUGGCAGCUUCACCCUUUCUUAAGAGAAAUCCAGUUUUUGAAUGCUUCAUUGGGUGGCCUGCAUUUGGAUGAGAAUGGGGACCUGCCAGGCAACUAUGAUAUUGAGAACUGGGUCAUGUUUUCCAAUGAGUCCCGUGUUCGAGUGAAAGUUGGGAGCAUAGAGAGAGGAAAGUCUGCUGACAUUAAACUCACCAUUAACCCGGAAGCCAUUGUGUGGCCCAAGCAGUUUAGCAAGACCGUGCCUCAGUCCAGGUGUACAGAAAGCUGUCGCCCUGGAUACAAGAAAGUGGCUAAAGAAGGAGAGCCGGUUUGCUGCUAUGCUUGUGCUCCAUGUGCAGAAGGGACCAUCUCCACUCAAGAAGAUGCAGAACAUUGCAACAAAUGCCCAGAACAUCAGUAUCCAAACAAGGACCUAGAUCAAUGUGUUCCCAAGAUUGUCACAUUCCUGUCCUUUAAAGAGUCUUUAGGGACCAUCCUUGUUUCUUUUGCUUUAUUCUUGUCAUUAACUACGAGUUUUGUUUUAGGAAUCUUCAUUAAAUAUAUUGACACUCCAGUAGUCAAAGCCAACAACCAGAAUCUUUCAUACAUCCUCCUUAUCUCCCUCCUGCUUUCCUUUUUGUCCUCCUUCCUGUUCACCAACCGGCCAAGGAAAACAACCUGCCUUCUCCGACAAACAGCCUUCAGCAUCAUUUUCUCAGUUUCCAUCUCUUCUGUCUUGGCAAAAACCAUCACUGUAGUGCUAGCCUUCCUGGCCACAAAGCCAGGGGACAGGGUGAGGAGGUGGCUGGGGAAGAGUCUGGCCAACUCCAUUGUCAUUUCCAGUUCUAGUAUCCAAGUUGUCAUCUGCACCAUCUGGCUAGUGAUCUCUCCCCCAUUCCCAGACUCUGACAUGCAUUCCCAGCCUGGAGAAAUCAUCCUGCAAUGCAACGAAGGUGCUGGGCUCCUGGGCUGCAUCUUCCUUCCCAAAUGCUACAUCAUUGUACUGAGGCCUGAUCUGAAUACAAAGGAGUGUCUGAUAACAAAAACUAAAGAUGGCAUCUGA